AUGACAAAGAAGAACCGCUCUCAGUCUCAAUUCGUCGCAAAACACCACGACGAUGAUAUUUCGAAAAUUGUUAAAGACCUUGAGAAUGAACAAAAGAAAAAGGAUCAAAAGAAACAAAAGGAAUUAGAAAAGAAGACAAAGAAACAACAAAAGGAUGGUUUUUCUAAAGAGGACCAAAAGAAGAAGAAGCCAGAAGAGCCCGCUGCUGCUACCACUAGUACUACAACAACAACAACCACUUCACCAACUAUUGAACCAUCAACAACAACAACACCUUCUUCUCCAAGCACACCAACCAUGACAAAGACUGAAAAGAAGAAAUUGAAGAAGGCUCUAAAAACUCAAGAGGCUUCCGAACAACAAGUUGUGCAAAAGACUGAAGAAGCCAAACAAGCUGCAGUUGAAACCAAACCAGUGGUAGAGCAAAAGAAAGCUGAAACAACAACAGUGGAACAACCAAAGGUUGAGGAAACCAAAGCAAAGACUGAAACCAAGUCACCUGUUGUUGAAGAAACCAAGACUGAAGUAAAAUCAGUCGAACAACCAAAGGUUGAGGAAAAGAAAGUUGAGGAUCCAGUUGUAGUAGCUCAACAACCAAAAGAGGAAAAGAAAGUGGAGGAACCUAAGGUCGAAAUCAACACAUCUGUUGAGGAAAAGAAAUCUGAGCCAAUUGUUGAAGAAACUAAACCACCAGUUGUGGCAGAAGAGCCAAAGCAGGAGGAAGUAAAGCCUGUUGUUGUCGAAGAAAAGAAGGAAGAAGUCCAAGUUCAAAAAGUAGAGGAAAAACAAGUUGAAACUAAGGUUGAAGAAACAAAGGAAGUAGAGCAACCAAAGGUUGAAGAGGCUAAACCAACUGUUGUAGAGGAAAAGAAAGUCGAGGAACCAGUUGCAGAGGAAAAGAAGGAAGAAUCAAAGCCUGUAGAACAACCAAAGGUUGAAGAGACUAAACCUGUUGUUGUUGAAGAAAAGAAGGAAGAGAGUAAGCCUGUAGAACAACCCAAGGUCGAGGAAAAGAAACAGGAAGCAAAGCCAGUGGAAAUUCCAAAGAUUGAAGAGACUAAACCUGUUGCAGAGGAAAAGAAGUCUGAAACUCCAAAACCAGUCGAACAACCAAAACCUAAAAUUGAAGAAAAGAAGGAAGAGUUAGUUUCACAAAGCUCACUCUCUCCAAGGUCUUCUCCAAGAUCCAUGUCAGCAUCUCCAAGAAUGUUAUCAGCAUCAGCUAAAAGUUUCUUCCAAGGUCUUGCUAAAAACUCAACGGGUGACCUCAACUUUGAUGAAGAAGUUGGCCAAGCCUAUGCCAUGGUGAGAGAUGACAAUUCUGGAGUCAGCUACGCCAUGCUUGCCUAUGACGAAAAAGAUAUGAAGAAAAUCAAAUUAUUUAAGAAGGGUUCAUCAUUUGAUGAGUUGUGCAAUGAACUGGCAGACGAUAAGGCUUUCCACAUAUUAUUACGUGUGGUCGCUGUUGAAUUGGGAGAUGUUAAGAGAAGCAAAUAUGUUGCUGUCACUUUCAUUGGUGAUAAUGUUAAGGCAAUUAGACGUGGUAAGAUCACAUCAAACAUCAACACAAUUGCAGAUCACUUUGGUUUGAACUCUUUACACUUGAAGGACAAGAGUAAGAUUAAGGAUGAAAUUAUUCAUCACUUGAACAUUGCCUCUGGUAUGAACAUUCCAGAGAAAUACAUCUUCUAG